AUGUCUCUUCAACAUGCUCUUCAACAACAAAGCAAUUCAAUUACCUUUGUUGAAAUGGAGAAUCUUCUCAUCACCUUGAAUAUCGAUAGUACAAAUCAACUAGAACAACAAAUAACAUCAACAAUAUUAUCUUCCUUACCUUCUGCACAUUUAAAUAAUUCAACUUCUAUAACAACAACAACAGGUAGUUCACAACAGUUGUCAACUUUUAAAUAUUUUGAUCAGAGUACAAGUAGUAGUACUUUGAUAAAAAUUAUUGAGGAAGGAAAUAAUGAUGGUGUUAAUAUUAAUAAGAAUAUAUCAAUUCAACGAAAGAAGGAAUUUAUUAUAAAAACUAAAUGUGGUCAAUUGGAAUUGACAUUUGACAGAAUAUUGGCAUUUAUUAUCAUGUUAUUGGCAAUUAUAACAUUAUUAAUAUUAGUAAUAUUAUCUACUGGUACUAUUUUCUUGCAAACUAAUACAGAAAACAAAACUUUUAAUAACUUUACAAAAGUUACAAAAAAUUUAAUAAGAUUGAAUGCAUAUUAUACUAUUUUAAUGGAAAGUAAAUUAGAUGAAUUAUUGAUUGAGGAAAUUAAUGAAACAAUGAUUGAUGUUAAAGUGGAUUACAACAAGUUAUUAAUUGAUAUUCCUUAUUAUGGAAAUACUGCUCAAUAUAGUAGGUCCAGAGUUGUUACAAUUUUAAAUAGAAAUUUUAAAUCUUUGGAGAGUAAUCAUAAUUAUAUUUAUAAUGAGAUUAUAGUAAAUAAUUAUACAGAUACUAAAUUUUUCUAUUCGAAUUAUCAUCCUAGUUUAGUCAAUUUCACACAAAGUUUAGACCUAGCUCUGAUACUUGCUGAUAAGGCUGCAAGUAAUGAAGAUGAAUAUAUGAAUAUAAAUGCAAUCAUUGAUUUGUCUCUAGUUGGAUUUGUAUUGAUAAUCAUAAUUCCAUCAAUUGGUCUAAUUUUAAUCAAGUCAGCUGUCAAUGACAACAAAUUUAUGGAAAAAUUACAAAAAGCAGAUGCAAGAAUAGUGAUUGAAACAAUUGCAGAUCCUAGAUAUCAAUCAUAUUUUAAAGAAUUAUGUAAAGAACAUAAUCAAUUAUCAAAAUAUCUAUUUAUGGAAAGAGUUCAAUUAUUUAAUGAAAUAUGUCAAAGAGUUUUCACAUUACAAGAUGAAAUUGAAGAAGGAGUUAAUCUAGAAAUGAGUAAGAAAAUGUUAAUUGAAAUUGAUGAUUUAGAAGCAAAGAAAUUUGAAUUAUCAUUUGAAUUAAUUACAGAAUAUCUUGAUUUAGGUAGUGAUACCUUUUUAGGAUUUAGAUUAGUAGGUCGUAAAAGAUCCAUUGAGAAAAUCAAAAAGAUAUUCGACACACAAUCAAUGAAUUUGCCUGAAAAUCUCUUCAAGAAUAUUCAAUCAAAUGUUUCAUUGAAUUUACUUCCAAUUUACAAAUUAUUUAAAUCCAAUCAACAACGAAAGAGAAAUGAAAGAAAAAUUAAAAUUAUUGCAAAACAACAAGACAAACAUGAAAUUAUGAAAAAUAAACAACAGUAA